AUGUCAACCACUGAUCACUUUAGUAUCGGGUGGAUUUGUGCCAUCGACACGGAGAUCAUUGCUGCCGAGAUCAUGUUUGACGAAAUACUCAGCGCACCGGAUGGUAUCCCUACGAGUGACGUGAACUCCUACAAGUUUGGUCGCAUCUCAGGGCAUCAUGUCGUUGUCGCUUGCCUGCCGCAAAGUCAAUAUGGAAUCUCGAAUGCGACCGCCGCUGUGAAAGAUAUGUUACGCAGCUUCCCUAUAAAGACUGUUGUUAUGGUGGGAAUUGCGGGCGGCGCGCCAAAUCUUGCCAAUGGCGUUGAUAUCCGCCUUGGAGAUGUGGUCGUAAGCUCGCCAGGCUCUCACAAUGGUGGAGUGUUGCAGUAUGGGUAUGGAAAGAAGCACCAAGAUGAAAAUGACCCGUUGCGCUUCGAGACGACCGGCCAUCUAAAUCAGCCUCCACUCAGCAUGCUCAAUGCUGUGAACCAGUUGAAAGCCACUCACCGAAUGGAGGGACACCAAAUCCAGCGAAAUAUGGAGGAAGCAUUGCUCAAAAGACCAAAACUCAAGGCAAAGUUAAGGCGAGAGCUUCAACGUCCUGAUACCGCGACGGACAGACUCUACCAGUCCAGCAUCAUCCAUGCUGAGGAUCAUAGGACCUGUGACGCUUGCGGGGAUGAUCAAGCGACACUAGCCAUGAGAGAUGCGCGAGAUCCGGACGACGACGACCCAGUGAUCCACUACGGUCUUAUAGCAUCUUCCGACUCUUUAAUGAAAGACGCUAUAAUGCGGGACAGAUUAUCGCGGGAGAGGAAUGUCCUGUGCUUUGAGAUGGAAGCCGCUGGGUUAAUGAAUCACGUCCCUUGCAUUGCAAUACGUGGCAUUUGUGAUUACUCGGAUUCUCACAAGAACAAAAUCUGGCAAGGGUACGCCGCAAUGACAGCAGCUGCAUAUGCGAAGGAGCUCCUUGGCGACAUACGGCCUGAUCAGAUGAGAGCAGAAGGGCGACUCAUUGACAGACUUGAAGCAGGUCUGUCUAAAUUGAAUAAUGAAGUGGCGGACAUCAAAAAUGGAAUUCAUCGAGGGAAAAUCGCGAAGUGGCUAUCACCACCUGACCCUUCGACCAACCUCAAUAAGGCACAAGCUCAGCAUCAGAGCGGUACUGGCGAUUGGUUUCUCGGGUCUGAUACGUAUCUGACUUGGAAGAAAGAACGGAACUCCUUCUUGUGGCUUCAUGGCAUACCGGGAUGUGGAAAAACAGUCUUGAGCUCUAGUAUUGUUGCCGACAUAGCUUCAAGUCCAUUGUCGUCGCAAAGUCUGCUGUACUUUUACUUCGACUUUAAUGAUGCCGAUAAACAAUCGCUCGGAGGGGCAGUGCGUUCGCUAAUUUCUCAAAUGUACUCUCAGCAGAAAGUUAUUCGGAGCCAAGUCGAAGCCUUGCACUCGUCGUGUCAAGGGGGAGAUCGUCAGCCGGAUGAUGCAUCCUUACAUAAGCUUCUUCAUGACAUACUACAGCACGCUGGAGAGGUUUGGAUGGUACUUGAUGCACUGGAUGAAUGUCAUAAUCGAGAUGAAGACCCAAGGCACAAACUACUGCCGUGGAUCAAAGGUCUCCGAGACCUCGGUCUGAACAUCCACAUCAUGGUCACGAGUCGACCCGAGCAAGACAUCAAGUCAUCUGUUGAGGCAUGGGCCAGUAACAAAGAAAUGAUUCAUCUACGAAGCAACUUGGUGGAUGAUGAUAUCAAAGCGUACAUCAAAUCAAAGAUCGAAGCCAUGGACAGAUGGAAAACCCGAUCCGAUGUCCGAGAAACCAUCGAGACUGCUUUGUCACAGAAGGCAAAUGGAAUGUUUCGUUGGGUCUCUUGCCAAUUCGAUGUUCUGAAUGACUGCAUUGAUUUGCCAUCCGUACAAAGGGAAUUACAAAAUCUUCCUCGGAGUCUAGAGGCAACAUACGAACGGAUCUUACAAAAUGUGAAAGAGCAGCAUCGCAGAUAUGCAACGCGACUAUUGCAAUUCUUGACUUAUUCGGAUCGACCACUUAGGCUGGAAGAGGCGGUGGACGCAAUCGCGGUCGACACAUCUAGCCAGCCUCGAUUUGACCCGAAGAAUCGAUUACCUAUUCCACACGACAUAAUUCAAUGCUGCUCCAGCCUCGUAGUUCUAGUCAAAGCAAGGAAUGGAGUUGACGAGCUCAACCUUGCUCACUUUUCUGUCCAGGAAUACCUCAUGUCAAGCCGACCAAAAGCGUUCUUGACGGAAGAUCUUGAGAAGCUGAAUGCUACUGCUGCUAUCCUGGAGACAUGUCUGUCCUAUCUGCUUGACAUAGAGUGUUCAACCGGGGAGUUUCAACUGCCAUUUGGAAAAGAUGAUAGGUAUCCCUUAGUGGAUUACUGUGUUGACAAUUGGUUGGACUAUGCGACUUUCGUCGAGCUAUCUACAAAGAAGGCGGUUCCUAUUGUCUUGGAAUACCUCCACUCGGAAAGAUUCACCAUAAUCCGAAAUGUGUACCAGGACAGUUCGGAACACCGACCAAGAGACAAGGGAGGUCUUCGUACUUUAACAUUGUCGAGAAGCGGAGAUGUCGAAGUUAUUGAGGAAAGUGUUGCGCGUUUGCGCUGCGCAGCGUCUGGCGGCCUACAAUAUACCACUCGUGUUCUACUUGCUAGAGGGGUAGAUAUCAACGCUAGAUCGAGGUGGAGAAAUACCGCUAUAUCCAUUGCUUCAUACUUUGGCCAUUUGGAUGUGGUACAGGAACUGCUCAAGAAUGGAGCGGCAGUGAACACACAAUCCGGAUGUCAUGAGCGCGACGCUCUUCGAUGCGCCUCAAUGAAAGGUCAUACUGAGAUCGUUCAACUGCUACUCGAUCACAAAGCAGAAAUUCAUACAAAUGACUCAGAGCGCGAGAAUGCCCUACAUCUUGCUUUACGUUAUGAUCAUAUUGAGGUCGUCCAGAGAUUGCUCGAGUACGGGGCGAAUGCUGAUCAAAGUGGGGGACGGCGUAAGCCUCCACUCUUUGUCGCUUUAGAGCGUGGUAAUACAGACAUGGUUCGAACGUUGCUUCUCCAUGGCGCCGAUGUUACCAUCCAAAUUCACCACAAAUGCGCUCUAGCCAUCGCCUCACUCAACGGAUAUGAAGAGAUCGUUCGAAUAUUGCUCGCACAUUGUCCACAUGUAAGGUUGCAUGAUCCUCAAGGGAUUGCCAUGACAGGCGCCGUAAGGAAAGGACACUUGAAAAUAGUCCAAAUGUUGCUUGAUCAUGGAGUGGAUAUCAACGCUCGUGUCAAGAUAACGUAUAGGAACACUCACUGUAUGUUCACUGCUCCCCCACCAGGCGACGAUGGCGAAACUUUCCUUGCUCUGGCUUCGCGCUCAGGGCAUACUGAAGUCGUUGAGGUCCUGCUCGCCCGCGGCGCAAAUGUCAACGCACAAUCCCUUGAUGGCAGUGCUCUCGAACAGGCUACAUCGCAAGGACAUAUAGAAGUCGUGCGAGCUUUGCUCAACCAUGGUGCACAUGAUAUAAAUGGUCGAGCCCUCGCAUAUGCUCUACGCCAGAAAACUCAAUUUAAUGAGUUCGGGGAUAUUGCCCAGCUCCUCCAGCCUGAAGCCAUGACUUCGAUGAAACGCAUAGCAACGGCUGAUUCGGAUUUGAAUUUCCACAAAAAGAGAGGAAUGAUAUCAUCAGGUGACACCUAG